CCUCUCCAUUCUGAGGCGCAUAGCCACUUAGUCUUUGCUCCCAUCAUGCUGCGCGGGUGCCAGCCCCUACCAAGCCGCCAUGUUGUCGGAGUGAAAGCUCUGGAGCCGGAGAGUUUUGGGGCUGAAAUCCGUUACCAUCCACCUACUCCGCCUGUGCUGGUGGAAUGAGCGUUGCCUGUGUGUUGAAGAGAAAAGCAGUGGUCUGGCAGGACUCUUUCAGCCCCCACCUCAAACAGCCCCCCCUCGAGACCAUCCAUUCCAGCAUGCCCGUGGUGCUGACGGCAGGAUCGGGAGCACCCCCCGCAGGGCAGACCCCCACCCAGGGCGGGGCUCACCUGGGCCAGGUGUCUGGGACAGGGGGUGCUGGCCGGUCCCAGGACGACGCCAUGGUGGACUACUUCUUCCAGAGACAACACGGCGAGCAGCCCGGCGGCAGCUACGGCAACAGCAAACAGCGCUGGCCCACUGGAGACAGCAUCCACUCCGACAACCAGGUGCGGUCAAUGGAUGAGCUGAACCAUGACUUCCAGGCGCUGGCACUGGAGGGGCGCGCCAUGGGAGAGCAGCUCCUCCCGGGGAGGAAGUUCUGGGACGCAGACGACUCCGGUAAGGACGGCCCGAAGGGGCUGUUCCUGGACCAGUGGAGAGAGAGCACCUGGGGAGCCUCAGACCACUCCGUGUCACAGCCCAUCAUGGUGCAGCGUCGGCCAGGCCAGGGUUUCCACGGCAGCAGCGAGGUGGGCUCGGUGCUGUCCCCGCGCUCGGAGAGCGGGGGGCUCGGCGUCAGCAUGGUGGAGUACGUGCUCAGCUCCUCCCCCGGAGAGAAACUGGACUCCUGUCUGCGCAAGGGAGCCUUUGGUUCUCGAGAUCCUGAGGUGGAUGAUGGAGAGAAGAGAGAGAAGAAGGCGAAAGCCUCGUUUGACUCAGACAAAUUGAAAGAGCUGAAGGAGGUGGAGAGUGAUGUCAUCGACAAACCCAACGGACUUCCUGUGCAGAACGGCAUUGAUGUGGACGUCAAAGACUUCAGCCGUACGCCAGGGAGCUGCCCUCCCACGGUGACGGAGGUAGACCUGCUGGGGGCCGGGCAGGGCCCCGCUGAUGGCCUGUCCCAGCUGAGCAGCAACGGGCCCAAGCCGGUGGAGGACUUCUCAGGGGUGGAGUCGCAGAGUGUGCCGCUCGACCACAUGGAGUCUGUGGGCCUGGAGCCACUGCAGUUCGACUACUCCGGCAACCAGGUGCCCAUGGACUCCGCUGCCACCGUGGGGCUGUUUGACUACAACUCCCAGCAGCAGCUCUUCCAGAGGCCCAGUGCCCUAGCGCUUCAGCAGCUCACCGCAGCACAGCAGCAGCAAUAUGCCCUGGCAGCAGCCCAGCAGCAGCACAUCGGUAUCGCCCCUGCCGCCUUUGUGCCAAACCCUUACAUCAUAAGUGCUGCCCCGCCCGGUACGGAUCCCUACACUGCAGGCCUGGCUGCUGCAGCCACUUUAGGUCCGGCAGUGGUACCCCAUCAGUACUAUGGGGUGACCCCUUGGGGCGUGUACCCUGCUAACCUCUUCCAACAGCAGGCAGCAGCUGCAGCCGCUGCCUCCAACUCAGCCAAUCAGCAGGCUGCAAACCAGAACCAGCAGAGCCAGCAGCAGGUGCUGCGUGCAGGGAGCAACCAGCGACCUCUGACCCCUAACCAGAGUCAGCAGGGGCAGCAGACAGAGCAGCUGGUUGCCGCAGCAGCUGUGAACUCAGCGCUAGCCUUUGGCCAAGGUCUGGCCGCUGGAGUGCCUGGCUACCCAGUUCUGGCUCCCGCUGCCUACUAUGACCAGACGGGGGCGCUGGUGGUUAACACAGGAGCGCGUAGUGGCCCCGUUCGACUGAUGGCCCCAGCCCCUGUCAUCAUCAGCCCCACUGCUGCUCAAGCAGCAGUGGCGGCGGCGGCGGCCUCGGCGAAUGGGCCGGCGGGAGGGAUGGGGGGAGGGGCCAGCGGGCCCUUCCGCGCCCUGGGCUCCCAGCAGCCCCCGGCCCAGCAGCAGCCUGGGAGCAGCCUGCCCUCCAGCUCCUUCUACGGCUCGGGGACCAUGCCACCCAGCUCCCAGAGCAGCUCCCUCUUCUCCCAGGGCUCCGCCCAGCACGCCAACACCUCCCUGGGCUUCAGCAGCACCUCCUCCCUGGGGGCCACGCUGGGGGCCGCCCUGGGUGGGUUCGGCACCGCAGGGGCCUUCCCCAGCCCCUCCCACCCUUCCAGCCAGCGCACAGUUGCGAACUCCAGCACGGGCGGUGGCUCUCGGCGAGACUCUCUGACAGGGGGUACUGAGCUGUACAAGCGCACACCUAGCAGCCUCACUCCUAUUGGACACGGCUUCUACAAUGGGCUGGGUUUCUCCUCCUCGCCUGGGCCUGUGGGCAUGCCCCUCCCCAACCAGCCCCCCAGCCACUCCCUGACUCCACCCCCCUCCCUCUCCACACACGGCUCCUCCUCCAGCCUCAAUCUGGGAGGCCUGACCAAUGGGAGCGGGCGCUACAUCUCAGCGGCGCCGGGGGCGGAGGCUAAAUUCCGCAGCGCGAGCAGCGGCUCCAGCCUCUUCAGCCCCAGCAGCCAGCUCUUCCCGUCGUCGCGGCUACGCUACGGCAUGUCCGACGUCAUGCCCUCGGGGCGGAGCCGGCUGCUUGAGGACUUCCGCAACAACCGCUACCCCAACCUGCAGCUGCGUGAGAUCGCCGGCCACAUCAUGGAGUUCUCCCAAGACCAGCAUGGCUCCAGGUUUAUUCAGCUGAAGCUGGAGCGGGCGACCCCAGCAGAGAGGCAGCUGGUGUUCAGCGAGAUCCUGCAGGCUGCGUACCAGCUCAUGGUGGAUGUGUUCGGGAACUACGUCAUCCAGAAGUUCUUUGAGUUCGGCAGUCUGGAUCAGAAGCUGGCGCUGGCUGAGCGGAUUCGGGGCCACGUCCUGUCUCUGGCGCUGCAGAUGUACGGCUGCAGGGUCAUCCAGAAGGCCCUGGAGUUCAUCCCCUCUGACCAGCAGGUCAUCAGUGAAAUGGUGCGGGAGUUAGAUGGACACGUUUUGAAAUGUGUGAAAGACCAGAACGGGAACCAUGUUGUGCAGAAGUGUAUCGAGUGCGUCCAGCCCCACGCUCUCCAGUUCAUCAUCGAUGCCUUCAAGGGCCAGGUGUUUGCUCUGUCCACCCACCCUUACGGCUGCCGUGUGAUCCAGCGCAUCCUGGAGCACUGCCUCCCAGAGCAGACGCUGUCCAUCCUGGAGGAGCUGCACCAGCACACCGAGCAACUGGUGCAGGACCAGUACGGUAACUACGUCAUUCAGCACGUGCUGGAGCACGGUCGCACCGAGGACAAGAGCAAGAUCGUGGCCGAGAUCCGAGGCAGCGUCCUGGGGCUCAGCCAGCACAAAUUCGCCAGUAACGUGGUGGAGAAGUGCGUGACGCACUCGUCACGGGCGGAGCGCGCCAUGCUGAUAGACGAGGUGUGCAGCCUCAACGACGGGCCCCACAGUGCCUUGUACACCAUGAUGAAGGACCAGUACGCCAACUACGUGGUGCAGAAGAUGAUCGACAUCGCCGAGCCCACACAGCGCAAGAUCGUCAUGCAUAAGAUCCGGCCCCACAUCGCCACCUUGCGCAAGUACACCUACGGCAAGCACAUCCUGGCCAAGCUGGAGAAGUACUACAUGAAGAACGGGGUGGACCUGGGCCCAAUCUGUGGCCCUCCAAACGGCAUUAUGUAAUGGCCCACCGCACACAGCUUCCGUUUCUACAGGCCCUGGCCCCCCUCCCCUUGCCUUUUUUCUAGCGACUUGGACUUCCUCUGAGGUCUUUACGAGAGCAGCCUUGUCAUCGUUUACCUUCUGUGACGACUUUGUUCAUGAUGCUUUACUCUAGUUUUCUUAGAGACUUUCAUUGCCUCCUGCGGUUUUUUCCCCUUUGUCUGUGUCCUGCUAUCUUUAGUGGUGGAGUGAUUCUCGCUGGUGAGUAGACGAUUGCGCAUAGGUGUGUGAGUAUGGGGGGGGGCACCUCCCCCCGGCGUGCUCCCUCGUGUGCCGCUGGCCUUGCGUCUUCAGGAGCGUGCCGCAGAGCAAAAGCCACAGGGUCAAAGUUCAGGCUCCGCAGCAGCCCGAGAAGCAAAGAAGCCGUUCUGUUUUGCUACUGCUCCUUCACAAACAAAUGAAGACUUCAGUUUCGUUAUGGUUUUAAUUUAAUUACUGAUGGAAUUUGUUCACUUAAUCAUUGAAUCCGGAGCUUUAAAGGCAACUUGCCUAGAGCU